UGGGACGCCUGACUUGGAAGAGCUGGUAGGAACAAGUUUAGUAUUUAGGGGCUGCGUAGCUUCAAAUCACUCGUUUAGCAGGGAUCAAGGAGCCUGGGCCACACCAUAUUCCACUCAGGGUCUGGAGAUCAGCUACCCAGGCUGGGGAUCCUAGAGCAGGCGAGGUCCCAAGGCCCCUGGAAGAGCUGGUCCAGGGGACCAAAUUACCAGUGUCUCCCCAGAGCAGAACAUGACCACAUUCCUGCCGCUGCUGCUGGGCCUCAGCCUGGGCUGCACCGGAGCAGGUGGCUUUGUGGCCCAUGUGGAAAGCACCUGUCUGUUGGAUGAUGAUGGAACUCCAAAGGUUUUCACGUAUUGUGUCUCCUUCAACAAGGAUUUGCUGACCUGCUGGGAUCCAGAGAAUGCCACAAUGGCCCCUUGUGAAUUUGGGGUGCUGAAUGGCCUGGCCACAUACCUCUCAACGUACCUCAACAAAAACAAAAGCCUACUCCAGCGCUUGUCCAAUGGGCUCCAGGACUGUGCCACACUCACCCAGCCCUUCUGGGGAUCAUUGACCAAUAGGACACGGCCACCAUCUGUGCAAGUAGCCAAAACUACUCCUUUUAACACGAGGGAGCCUGUGAUGCUGGCUUGCUAUGUGUGGGGCUUCUACCCAGCUGAUGUGACCAUCACAUGGAUGAAGAAUGGGCAGUUUAUCCCCCCUCACAGCAGUGCCCAUAAGACUGCCCAGCCCAAUGGAGACUGGACAUACCAGACCGUCUCCCAUUUAGCCACAACCCCCUCUUUUGGGGACACCUACACCUGUGUGGUGGAGCACACUGGGGCUCCUGAGCCCAUCCGUCAUGACUGGACACCUGGGCUGUCUCCAUCGCAGACAGUGAAGGUUUCUGUGUCUGUAGUGACGCUGGGCCUGGGCCUCAUCAUCCUCUUUCUUGGUUUGCUCAGUUGGCGGAGAGCUAGGUCCUUUGGUCAGCACAUUUCCUAGAGGCAGAAUUCGAUAGCUUCCACUCCAAGUGAGGAGAUUCAAACUCUCGGUCAUGCUGCUGUGCCCCUCCAACAUCCUCAAACCAUUCACAGUUUCUUGGAUCCUAUGGUUUUUCCAUCCAAUUCUUUGAAUUUCCCAGUCCUCCUAUGUAAACCUUAGCAACUUGGGGGAGCUCAUUCCUGGGAAUAUUCUGUAACCAAGUUAUUGUCCAAGCUAUAUUUCUAUGGGGAAUGUAAUCUGGGGAGGGAGGCUAAGGGCCCUCCUGGGGGCCCCACAGAGGGCAGUGAGUGGCUGGUGAUCGUCUCUGAGGAAUAAACU